UCUCCAAUGGGACUGAUGCUCACAGCGUCUUAUAGUGCCACGGUCAGGUUAAUAUUGCAGUGAAUGGACUGCCAGAGCAGCUGUGGUGUAUUUAUAAAGAGAGAAGAGGAAGGAGGCAGUUCACUUGAAAAGUCAAAACAGAAAAGUUGGGGAGGAGAAAGAGAAGAGAAUGAAAGAGUACAGAAGCAGAGCUACAGACGCUGCAGUAGAGGAGGAAAGAGGGACAGAGAGAGUAAACGGAUAAACAGACAGAGAGUGAAGGAUUUUCAAGACCAGUGAGCUGGGCAAGAGGAAUCGAUCUCUGCUGCAUCCUUGGAAAAGAGUGAGUGAGGGAGACAGAGGAAAACAGGACAGGAGGAGGAGGACUACGAGGGGUGACAGAGGGGAGAGAAGAGUGAGACAGCGGGGAUACAAAAAAAUCAAGGGAACUAAAAAAGAUCCUUGGUCAGUUGACAGAAUAAGAGAUUUACAGUCUUCAAAACGUGACUGAGUGUAACAGCAACAGCUAGCAUUGAUUCAGGUCAGUGGUUUGCACUUUCACAGCGGGAAGAUAAAGGGAAGAAAAGCAAACAAAAAAAAUAUCAAGUGACAGACGUAAAAGGAAAAGAGGAAUUCUAUCAGAACACGUAUAUGCUUCUCUAUUAGAUUUCACUGUUAUAGUAGAACGUUUGGAGUACUUUGAAUAGAGGGAGUGGGGAGAGAGGGAGAGGGAGACUCAAACACCAAAAAAGGUCUGGAGUCAGAGCUGGAAAAAUUGCAGGCUUGACAGAUGCUGCAUACCUAUGGGGAGAGUAGAAUAAGGAGAGAGACAGAGAUAGAUAGAGAGAAGGGGACUGGCAUAUAAAGACAAACAGGAGAGAGAAAAAACAAAAGUGACAGUAAACUAGAAGGGGGGAAGAAGAGGGAACAUGAACGGUUAAAAAGAGGAUUUUUUCAUACAAAACAUACACUCUUCUACUGUGAUCAAGCAGAGUAGGUAGAAAGAAAAGGCAAGUCGGGACGGGCAAGGGGGUGGUGUUAGGUGGUGAUCGGGGGGGUGGGCUGUUACUGUAAAUGUGAUUCUCAAUAGACCAACCAGAGCACCUGUAAACCCAGAGGUAGAAGAAGAUCAAGCUUGUCUCACUGUAAAUCCAACCCACCAUGGACACAGGGAUUUCACCUCAACUCUAAACCAAACAAACCCCUCACUCACCAGGCGUCAUGUCAAUGGGCCCUGGCUUUGGUGCACCUGACCUGGCUGAGGGCCCCCAGACCACGGGACCCGUUGGGCUCCAGACCCUGUUGGACCUACUGGUGGGCGUCUACCAGGAGUUCUAUUCCUCACCCUUUGCAAGGGAGAAGUAUGUCUCUGGUUUCCUUCAAUGGGCCGAGACCCUGGUGAGUCAGGUGAAGAGGACUCGCAUCAAAAGAGAAGACUUUCAUAUACUUAAGGUGAUCGGCCGAGGCACGUUCAGUGAGGUUGCUGUGGCGAGGAUGCGAAGCACACAACAAGUGUAUGCUCUGAAGAUUAUGAAUAAGUGGGAUAUGCUGAGGCGAGGAGAGACAGCAUGUUACCAGGAGGAGAGGGAGGUUUUGCUCAGGGGUGACAGACGCUGGAUCACAGAGUUGCACUAUGCCUUUCAGGAUGACAACUAUCUGUACCUGGUGAUGGAUUACUAUGUAGGGGGGGACCUGCUGACUCUGCUCAGUAAGUUUGGAGACCGGAUCCCUGAGGACAUGGCUCAGUUUUACCUGGCUGAAAUGGUUAUGGCCGUUGACUCAGUCCACAGACUAGGCUAUGUACACAGAGACAUCAAACCUGACAACAUCCUGCUGACAGCUGACGGACACAUCAGACUAGGGGACUUUGGUUCCUGUCUGAGGCUCCUAGAGGAUGGGAUGGUUCACUCAUCCUUAGCAGUCGGGACCCCUGACUAUUUGUCUCCAGAGAUUUUAAGAGCAGUAGAGGGAGGUGGAGGUUAUGGUCCUGAAUGUGACUGGUGGGCUCUGGGUAUCUGUGCCUAUGAGAUGCUGCUGGGGAGCACACCCUUCUAUGCAGAGACAAUCUCUGAAACGUAUGCCAAGAUCAUCCACUUUCAGGAGUAUUUUGAGUUCCCUCCUUCUGGCCCUGAGAUUUCAGACAAGGCUCGUUCCUUCAUCACUGGGCUCAUCUGUGAGAGGGAAGUCCGUCUGGGUAGGAAAGGCUCCAGUGACUUCAGGAGCCAUCUGUUCUUCUGUGGACUAGACUGGGGUUCCCUGCAUAAACUCCCUGCCCCCUUCCUACCUGAAGUGUCUAAUCCAACUGACACCUCCAACUUUGACAUUCUGGAUGACUGUCUCAGUGAAAUGGAGACGCUGUCUGAUGUAAUGGACAGAGCUCCAAUAGGAGUACACUUGGCUUUUGUUGGAUACUCUUAUACAGCCACCAGUCAGACGGGUGCCAUCGACCGCAGUCAAGACAUCAUGAUGCAGAUUGACCACACAAGGAUCAGGGACUGUGAGAGUCUUUACACACCGGAGAAACUGAGCCAGCUGUGGCAGCUCACAGACACUCUACCAGAUGACCUGCCUGCACUGCUGGAGCUCCCGCUCACUCUGGAGCAAGGUGCUACUGCAUCCACCCACACCACCACAGAGGAGGAGGAGGAGACUGACCAAAUAUCAGGACUUGAUGAAGAUUUGCAGAGACGGUUAAAAGAAGCAGAGAGGAAAUAUUGUGAGCUGGAGAAAGAAAUGGAAAGACUGAAGGGGGAGAUGCCUUGGAGAGCCCCCAAGGAGACAGAGCUGAGUAUCUGCCCAGUAUCUCUUGCUCUGCCUGCCCACUGUAUGGAUGUACCAGGGGAUAGGGAGAGAGCGCCCCCAGCCUGCCAUUACCCACUGGUGAUUCCUCUCCACCGCCACCUGCUCCUGUUCCACAGGGUUCGCCUGCCACAGGUGACGAGUGAGUCAUACCUGCUGGUGUGUGCAGAAGGGGGGGAGGUCCAAGCCUGGGAGAGACACUGUCAUACUGAGCUCUCCUGAAUGUGCCUUAAGGUGCUACAUGGUGACUUCUCCUACUAUAACAGGACCAAGGACUGAGCCCUUGCUUUGUGAUCACUCCCUGCCCCACUCCUCAGCCUCCUAAACUUCAAAAGAUGAAGGAAAAGCAGACUAACUAAACUAAAAUGCCUCCAAACAGACCUGCUAAGGGUGUCAUUACUGAUGUUCAAAAUUAAGUUUUACAACUGAUAUGAUAAAGGAAGGUCAGACUGCUGAGAGCUAAUGAGGAAGAAAUGAUGAGGACAUCUUUUGACCUACCUUGCCUGCUUACCAGACUGAAAAUCAUGAUAGAGAUCCACUGAGUUUGGGUUAGAUAUAGACUGAGAUAGUUAGAGAUUUAAUGUGUGACAAUGACAAUGAUGUUUGAGUGACACAGAGAGGGGCCAGAAAAAUAACUCCAUGAGCAUCUUCAGGCAUUUUAGACCAUAUUGGUGCAUUUAGCGGUUACAGUGAAUAUGAUUUCUCUUGUGUAUCACAUAUCUGCACAUAGCGGUGGUUUGUACUUGUGUUGCACAACUGUAGGCAUUUUUUUGCUUUGUCUGUUUUAGUAUUCAAAAGGUUACUAAUAAUGACCACGAUAUCUAUAUAUUAACUAAGCCAUACCACCACAGACUCUUACUGUGUGUGAAAGGUGUGCUGCAUAAAUAGGCAAACAUAGUUGAAGAGUUAGAGUGGAAGAUGUGUAGUGCAGAAAGUCAAAUAUGAAGCAUAGAGAUAAUUCGGCAGAACACUAAAUUCAUGAUUGACAUCAGCUGUUUCAUUCAUGCUUCACAAUGACUGGCUCAUCAGUCAGUCACGUUUAUUGGUCACAUGUAAUCAUAUAAGGUACAAUCACAGUGAAAUGCAAUCCCACCAGUUCCUUCAAUGUAUGCAUUAAAAAGAGUUGAAAUAGAAUAGGAAUAGUAAUAACUAUAUGUGUAUGAUUGGUUGGGGGGCAGUCUUAGGCAGUGACCUCAUUUAGGAUCAUAGUGGCCUGAGGGUAGAAGCUCUUCCUGAGCUUCUCAGUGCUGGCCUGGUGUAUCUGGUACCUUCUUCCCGACUGCAGCAGGGAGAAAAUCAGAAUCAGAAUCAGAAAUACUUUAUUGAUCCCCGAAGGGAAACUCUUUGUUACAGACUGUUAUCUGGGUGGUUGGGAUCCUUAAUGAUUCUCCUAGCCUUAUUCUUGCAAAGCCUGGUGUAAAUAUCCUUUAGGCAGGGUAGAGCACCGCCUAUUGUAUGUUCAGCCGAAUAAACCACUCUUUGCAGCGGUCUUGUUCGGUGCUGUUUCCAUACCAGGUAGUGAUGUUCCCCGUCAGGACGCUCUCGAUGGUGCAGGAGUAGAAAUUCCUCAGUAUUUAAGGGGUUACCUGGAAUUUCCUCGGGCAUAUAAGGUGAAACAGCCUCUGCCUUGCCUUUCUCACCACUGAGUCAGUAUGUAGCACCCAGGUCAGGCCCUCUGUGAUGUGGACACCAAGGUACAUGAAGCUGUCUACCCUCUCCACUGAGGACUUGUUGAUAUUAAAGGGGGUGUAGUUCCUUCCUUGGUUCUUCCCAAAGUCCACUAUCAGGUCCUUAGUCUUGCUGACAUUCAGGAGUAGGUUGUAGUCCUGUCACCAGCGGGUCAGGUACUCUACUUCAGGUAGGCCUUUUCAUUGUUUCUGUGAUCAGGCCCACCACAGCUGUGUCAUCAGCAAAGUUGAUGAUGGUGUUGGAGUGGCUACACAGUCAUGUGUGUAAAAGGAGUACAGCAGGAUGCUCAAAGCGCAGCACUGGGGUAAUCCAGUGUAAAGGAUGAGGGUGGAAGAGCUGUGUCCACCCAUCUUCACCACCUGGGGUCUGCCGUCAGGAAGUCAAGGAUCCACACGUAUUUUAUCCCAGGUCCUUGAGCUUUGUGAUGAGCUUGAAUGGAGCUAUGGUGUUAACUCUGAACUGUAAUCAAUGAACAGCAAUCUCGCAUAGCUCCCUUUCUUGUCUAGGUGAGAUAGGGUGGUGUGGAUGUGUGCUAUGGCGUCUUCCAUUGAUCGGUUGGGAUGGUAGGCAAACUGCAGUGGGUCCAGUGUGCUGGGUAGUGAGGAGCAGAUGUAAUCCUUGACCAGCCGUUCAAAGCACUUCAUCACUACAGAGGUGAGUGCCACUGGGCUGUAGUUAUUCAGGCAGGCUGGUUUUGUUUUCUUGGGCACAGAAAGAGCUGUGUGGCUACCAGCUGACUAGUAACAUCCAGUCAUAUUCAUGCGUGUCAAGUGUACAGCGUUGCCAUUAUAACCAGGGCUGUAGUUUCAUAAGUACUAAAGCCAUCACAGAGUUCACCAGAGCAACACCACCCCCCAUGAAAUGUAUGACUACCUACCAAAAAAUGUACACAUUUUCUUUAUAUAUUUUUCACCUUUUUUUAUAUUAAUUAAAUGAUUACAUUUCAUCUCCAUACAAAGCCUUCCACACAUUACCAGGAAUAUAAUUCCGACGGAGAGAAGUAUCUCUGACUGACAUACCUGUAGAGGGAACUGGAAAGUAAAAGAGAGACACAGAAAAACAAUAGGAGAGUGGUUUCAUUAAAUGAUAAUCCACAAGAUUCUGGCAACUGAUUUAGAUCAAACAUUUUGUGGAAAGCCCUGAUUGCACUGAUGUGUUGCACUCAAUGUAACAUUUGCUCUCUCUGCUGCAUACAUAAUCAGCUCUUUUAAAAACAUCACUUCCUUUAUUUUCCCAACAGACUCCCCACAGGUGGUGAGAUCAGAAAGUGCUCAUGGACUGGCAUAGGUUCAGUCACUAUGUGGUUUCAGUCUGAUUACUUUGGUUUUUGCUGAGGGCUCAAAGGCUUAAGGGAAAUCAAACAAAUGUAUUUACUUCAAUAAACAGGUCACAAAGUGCUUUAAGAAUGAACAUUGAGUUGUACAUUUGAUAUACACAAGCAUAGAAGGAAGGAAAGACUAUAAGGAGUAAAAUAAAGGGGGAAAGAAUAGUUGAUAUAGUGGAACCUAAUGUAGAUCAUAACAAGUGCUAAAUAAAUGUUUUUUAAUUUUAGACUUCCUGGUCUUACUGGAUGAAACAAAGACUGAUUCCCUGACAUAAGCAAGAAGACAUGUUGCAAAUGUGCAGGCCAGUCUCAAUGUAAUGAAUGACCUGCAUGAGUAAAUCAGUGUGGCACAAAUCCCUCUAUUUACAGGUGAGAGGCAAAAUUAUCUAAAUCAUUAAGUGGAAUCAAUAAAUGUUUUAUGAUCCAAAUUAGUCAUAAGAUACUUUAUUAGCCUUCAACAAGGUGUAGCUGAGAACAACUUCUAUACAACACUACAGACAGACACUUGAGGUCCUUGGUGAUGAUGGUGCCCAGGAAGCGGACUCCACAUUGUCGACAGGGGAGUCACACAGACGUUUUUUUUCCCAGGAUGAUGGGGGCAGGUGGGGCUGGGUUCUUCCUGUAAUCCACAACCAUCUCCAGUGUCUUGAGAGCGUUGAGCUACAGGUUGUUCUGACUGCACCAUGUCACCAGGUGGUCAAUCUCCCACCUGUAGGCAGACUCAUCCCCAUCAGAGAGAUAGUUGAACUUCCUCACUUGGGGCAGCAACUCACUCCAAGAGGCAAUCUCAAACUUGAAGUCCUAACCCUCACCCUAACAGCUUUGCACUUGGCUGCAAAACACCUCCGCACACAUGGCAGGUUUCAAGCCAACCAGCCCGCAGAACACUAUCAUCAAUAAAGAGUACAGAAGCACACUUUAGGGCACUGGACUGGUCUCAAAUGUGCUUCUGUGCUCUUUGUUCGAAAAAAAAAAACAUGGCGCUGCUCUGCUGGCGACAUGAAGGAGGGCUCUUGCUGCACAUGCUGUUUGUUUGUGGUGUCUCCGUCACUGUUUGCCGCACUGGCUACUACAUCAUUUGAGUGUGAGCGUUAGUCUGGACUGUUAACUGUAUAUGUAUGGAAUAAAAUGGAGAAGAAUGGAA